CGGCUCGGCCAGGCGGCUGAGGGGCAGCGACCCCGACGUGCUGCGCACCGGCUCCGACAUCGCCCCUCGCCUGCCCCGCCAGCGGCUGCGAGCCACGGCCCGCCCGGGGCGGUGCUCCCGCCCGGAAGGACGCGCCGAGCGCAGCCGCACGGUACAGCGCGGCCGAGCGCGGAACGGCUGGGCCCGGCGCGGCGCCGCUUCCCGCCCGCCCCUGAGGGCACCGGCGCCAUGUCCGCGCCUAGAGCGCCUGUCCACCUUCGGGAGGGGAAGGCCUUCCCUCGGCCUGGGAGUGCGCGCUCCGGCGCUGCUGAGAGCGCGAGGGUACCGCUCAGUGUUUCCUUUUAUCCAUUUUGAAAUGGGGAAGUUGAGUGUUUGACUUCGAGGCCGAGGCUUGCUGCCAGCGCAGGCAGCUGGCACUGAGAAGGCCAGACAUGGCCGGAGAGCAGGGAGCAGUCCCCUGUGAGAGGGAGAGGAGCUGGGCGGGUGGAUAAACCGGGCAAAAAUCAUACAAUGGGGGCAGGGGGCUCGCCUUGAGGAGAAGCUGCAGCCAACACAGCCAUGGACCCCUGUCUGUGACACGUCCCCCUCCAGCGUGCUGUCCAUUCCCACACAAGUGCCCAGCUUAAGGGGUCGGACGCCUUACCUGCCUUUUGUUGAGAGAGAGGAGGUACUACGCAGAGGGUCUCCCAGGCAGGGAUGUUUCCAUGACUGCUGUCCAUCACCACUAAUGGACAGAUGAGUGCAGCCAUGACCUAACGGGAAUACUCAUCUCUGGAAUUACAACUUGCUCAAAGUGGACUGAAAGUGCCUUGGAAAGUAAUUUUGCUAACCCUUUUAAUCAGUGAUCAAGCAUUCAGAUGUGGCUGCCUCUAUUUCUGCAGUAUUCUUUCAUGCUACUGCAAGCUUGCCUUGCCUUCGCAGUGAGCAAGCUGGAGGUCAGGUGGCUGCGGUAGCACAGCAUUGAGACCAAACCAGCACGCACUGAUGUUCGCUAGAGUCCGUUGUCUCAUGGGUUGCACUGCUCUAAUCAAAACAGGCUGACAUCUGCUUGGAAAUAACGUGUCUGCCUGCAGAGCGCAGUGUAGCAUCUGUCCUGACUUCUGUGGGGUCCAGAAUCUCCGAGAAAUAAGCCAUUUAGUUAGACUUAACUUGAAGAAAUUGCAUUGAGUGGCUUUUCCCUGCAUCAUUAACCCAUAGUUUUCCUCUUCUAAUUUCGGUGCAAAACCAAUCUGCAUGGCAAAAUGGAUACAGGUAAGACAGUGAAUUUGACUUCCUGAGUGUAUGUAGUUAUACACAGCUGUGUAUAGCUUAGCUGCUAGAAAAUCAGGCAGGUGCCUUUCACCCACCUUUGGUUGGUGAAAACUUGGGUUUCAGCCUUUUCUAGAUCUUGAGCCCGGAGCAGUUUGUGCAAUUUAUUCCAGUUCCUCCUGUGUGAGACUUGGCCUCUUGGGUACUGGGAGUGGGAAUACUUAAUUAGUUCAGGAUUCACUUAUUUGCCUUUGAGGAACAUGAACCAUUAGGUGAAUUUUUGUGUAGUGGUUGUUAAAAGUUCACUAUCCACCUUUGAUUUCCUCAACCUACUUGUUAGGAAUUGCAGAUUUUUGCAUGUUCAGCAGAACUUUUGUGUGCUUAACUUCAAGCAAGAAAUUCCCAGCCAGCCUAGCAAAGCAGUUAAGCAUGCUUAAGCAUAUGCUUUAAAAAACAACCCGGUACUUUAUUAUGAAAAGCUAAGGCCAACACUUCCUCCCUCUCAAGGCCAUGAGGAAAUUCCCGUGGACUUCUAUGGAAGUAGGAUGUACCCUCUCAUCACUGCCAACUCUCUCACUCUGUCUGGCUGAGGUUUUCCCAGGAAGAGCCAUCUGCUGCAUGUAAUGAAAUAGUCUCUCUUAAAAGUCAAACUGUUCCGUGAUUAGACUCACUAUACUAAGGUCACACUAGCAAAACAACACUGAAGCUUUCAGCUAGCUUCUCAGCUCUGAAACAGCAUGCAUAAAAUAAAUGUCUUUGUCUUGUAACACAGAGUCAAAACACAGGCCUGGCCCACUGCUAGAACUUAAAGAAGGAGCACUCAAGGAUGCACAGAGCAAGAUCUACACUUUGUUGAACAGUACCUGGAAACGGUUUGACAGCUAGAAUGUCCUGCUGUUCAACUUUGGUUGAAGUGAAAUCACAUACAAAAACCAAAACUUCCCCAGAAUUUGUUGUUGACCUAAAUGACAGUGUGAAGAGACUUCAGGGUAAAAUAUGCAGAACGAGAAACAUUUUGCGCAUGCAAGAGUUACCCCUAUGAGGGUGACCCCAUGUUAAUUUCACCAGAUUCUAACUCUUCAAAAAUCAGUGAUUUAUGGCUUGAGAAGCUCAGAAAAGUGGAAGUAUUGUCCCUAUUCUAGAAAUCCCACAGAUGCCUGCCUAACAUGGAAGACAACACGGAUGUAAAAAGUGUAUUUAAAACCCAGGAAAAUAUUUUCUGCUUGAGGGAUUUUUCAGAGAAUGGUGAUGACCUAAUUAAUUUUAACAGUACAGUCAGUGUCACUGCUGGAAAAGCAGAGAAAUGCUGCAUCAGACAGGUGCAUUCCUGCCCUUCAAAUGUAGUCACUUACCACACAGACAACUGUUGCCUUAACACGGAAGACUCUGUAUCUGGUCAGUCUCUGGCAGAUGUCCAGGUGUGUAAAAAGGCUGGGCUCAGUAGCAAUCUAAACAUGAAUACCCUGGCCAGUGAGCAGGCAGAUACUCCUGUAGUAAAUGACAAUUAUUUUGUAAAAGAUAAUUCUGAAAAUUCUGCCACUAUUCUGGAGAUUUAUGCAGAGGAAAUUCCAAGUGUAAGUGGUGACUUUUCUUAUGAUGACCUAGACUGUUUUGAAUGUUCAGAUGUGCUGACAGCGCAUGAGAAUGAAAUCUGGAAAAAGAAGUUACAGUUUUUAUUAGAAAGUGAUGAUGAAGAUGAUUUAAAACUGAGUAAGGAUUGUGAUGGGUGUGCUUACUUCCUCAGUGAAAUGCCUUGUCUGUUCCAAGUGUCAGAUAACACUACGCCUAUGGAUGCCACCAUUGGCUUCUGUGGUCAUCACUCAAAAUUCAAAGGAGUAAAUGUAAGGAGAGACCCCUCUAUGUACAGCCAGUCAACGUUGCAGGCAGACAUGACUCUCACUGUUGGACACCACCGAGAUAAAAGUACCAGUCUGAAAGACAAAGAAAAGCGUAAAGUGCCUGUUGCAUCUGCAGACGUUGAAAACGACCAACCCAGAACUGAAGAAGAAAAUAAUGGAAGUGGCUGCUCAGCUGCAGAUUUCUCAACUGACAAAUCAAAGAACAAGGAUAAUGUAUGUGCCAAGGUGGACUCCUCUACUAGUGGCAUAGGUGCUUCUUUGGCAAAUCAGGCUUCAGAGACAAUGACAGAAAACAUUACGGAUAUUCACUUGCUGGGUGAAAGCUCAUUGCUGCUAGAGGAGAGGGGAAGAAAUUUGCCGGAGGAAAAUGCAAGGCAUGGUGUCUGUACCUUGACAGAAAGUCUAAGAAGAAACCUUUUAAAGUUGAUAAACCCUAAAGAGCUUUGCAGAUAUGUAAGUAAUAUAGGACAGUCUUUUGUGACUGGAGCAGAGGUUAGGGAAUCCAGUGCUCUGUUUCCCAUUCAGGAAGGUGUCAUUUCAACACAAAUCCCUGAGGAGACAGAAAGCUUGCAAACGCAGGCUGGUUUGUGUCAUACAGACGAGGCAGAUAAAGACUGUCAUUGGGAGAGGAAAAGGACUUGGGCCCUGUCUGAGCAAAAUCAGAUGCCAAAAGAAAACAUCUCACCCAGGAAUCAAGGUGCUAAUCUUAAAAUCUUUACCCAGAAUUGUGAGAGACUACGUAUGGAGCCUGAUAUAGAAAAGGAAGGCAUCUUCAUGACUUGUGAGAGAGCAGGAACCAUCCAGCCCGCUUCAGAAAUGCUCUGUGCUGAAAAGACAUUACAAGCAAAAAAUGCAAAGUUACAGACCUAUUCUCAACAUCAUGCUCCUUGUGAUAAAAGAGAAGGUUGUCACCAACAAGUCUUCUGUGAACAAGGAAUUAAUAUUAUUAGUACUGGCAGCAAAUCAAAGAAUCAUGUUUCACCUUUUCCUUUACGGGAUGUGGACUCUGUUCCCGAUAAACAAGAAUGCUUAUGUGCUGUUCUUUCUUCUGCAAAGCUAUGUGAUGAGCCAAGGGAGGGAGAGGAACGGUAUAGUUUUGACUCACAUGAUAGCAACGACACAGAUAUUCUGUGCAGUCUGUCAUGUGGUGCAUCUCUGUUUGAAGCUAAUACCAAGUCAGUCCUGGAAUCUGGAGAACCUGAGUGCAAAGGAGGUGCUGAUAUAUCUGCAGUGCAUGACAAGCUGUGGAAACUUCUUCAUGAAGAUGACUCAGACUAUCAAAUCCCACUUGAAAACCGGGGGAUCACAAGUUUAGAAAUUAGGCCAAGAGAUAUCAAAGUCACAGAACUGAACUUUGUACAGACCUGUCUUGAUCAUCCUUUGCCAAUAAAUUUGAUGGAAGAGCAGAAACCUAUUACACAGCCAACUAGCAGACAACAAACAGAGAAAGAAGACUGCAAUGUUUCUAAUAGCCUACUUAAAACAGAUGAAGCAUGUAACAGUGCAUCCAUAGGAAACAUUUGUCUUGCACAAGUGAUAGAAACAGAUGGUGUAUGUCUAGAUUCUAGCACUGGAAAUAAAACAGAAAUGCCAUCCAUUUGUGUUUCAGCAAAUACUAUCACCUUAAACACAGGGGAGUGCUUGGAGGAGAAGCCAAAUCAAAUGUUAACUGACAGUAAUGGAUCUACUCAAAUGACUGUUGCUUGGGAAGGAAAGCUUACCACUAAUAACACUUCCCAAACAUGUGAUGUAGUUUCUCCUCAAAGACUGAAGAAUGCUCAGAGUAGUAAUUUAGCAUAUGACAAAGAAAACCCAGCUUACAUGUCAGAUAAGUCGCAUGGGACAACUGGACAAUUACUUCACACCGAGCACAAUGUAUCCUUGAUAAAUGAGUCUGUAAGGGGUAAAGGGUGUAAUUUUAGAGACUGUUAUCCAGCAAGAAAAGAGCUGGCUUAUUUCCCCAAAGAGAAAGACAGUGAAAAUACCAAUCAGUUUACACAUGAAGAACACUCUUCUGUUAACACCCUACACAAAAGUUAUGAAAAGAAUUUACAAGAAAAAGGAAAUCCCUCAGACUUGAAUGCACAAAAUGACACUAAUUCUGACAGUUGUCAUCUUUCAAAAAGUAAUGAUUGUCAAGAGUUUCAAGUUGUUUCUAAUGCACAGAAAUACAGUUACCAAACACAAUUGCCUAAUUUAUUUAAGACUCCCGAAACCAUAAUAUGUAAGACUCUACCCCAAAAUAUAGACCAACUGACAGAGAUAGAAAAACAAGAAGUGGCAUUCACUCCCCCUUCUGAGGAUCCGUUUUUAAGAGGUUUUUAUGUAGAAGUGCUCAGGUAUGAACCAUGUAAAGCAGGAGAACAGAGAGAGAUUUGCAUAGGUGAUGAACAAAGGGCUGAAACUUCCUGUGACUCAGGAAUUAGUCAUGUUUCAGAUAGACAGAUUGCAGUUUCCCCUCAUAACACAUCAGAACAACAUGCGUUUUUUGUUCACAGCACCUUCAAGUCUGAUGAAGAGUUUAAAACAGAUUCUUCAAAAAAUCACACAUAUGCAUCUGGAAGUGUAACAUCAGCUAGUACCCCACUGCCUAGAAAGGCUCAAAAUGAAUACCACAGCAUAGCAAAUGAGGAUUACAGAGGUAUCAGUAGUCAGGUAGGUAUCCAACAACUGACUGUAAAAGAAACAUUGCCAUUCAUCACACCUGUAGGGCAGUCAGAGGGCCUUCUUACCAGUGUACCAGCAAUGGGGUGUCCCAGCACAGGAAGUCAAGGAAGACCUGAAUCCAGACAAACUGUAGUCAAAGGAGAUGAAAACUGGAGUACGCUGGAAACUUUCUGCAAAGCAUUGCAGGAUCAGUUCCACAGGGUACCUGAAAAAAACGAGGAAGCAGUCUUGUAUGAAAAUAAACAAGAGAUUCAAAGAGCUACUGAGUAUAACCCAGAUGAAGCUGAAGCUAAGUCUCGUUUGCACACCCUCAUUGGUUCCAAGGCUCAGAGACAGGUUAUGAAUAUUAGCACUAAUCAGUCCUGUCCUGACUUGAUCUCUUCCAGCAAGCUAACUGAGGUUGGUAAUUCAAUUAAGUCUACUAGGUAUGGUAAAGAUGAAGAAGCCGUGACAUCAGAGAGCGUAGCAGGUUGUUUAGUUAAUUUGCCACCAGUUGAUUCAGGGAACAACCAGUAUUUUCAAGAGCAACCACCGUGCAGCAGAACUCAGCCAUUCUCCUUAGCGUUGACUGCAUGUGAUCCAUUCCCAGUUAACACAGAAAGGCUAAAAAAUAAAGAAGGGUCAAAAUCCUGCCAAUCGUCACCAACUGUUGCUGAGCCUGAGCUCAUCAAAUGUAAGCAAGACACAGCAAAGAGUGGGCAUUUAGCUACUGGAGCUAAGAAGAAAUUACCACCAGCAACACUGUCAAAAAAACCCCGACUGGAGGAGAGAGGAAAUGUCAGCAAGGAUCUUAGCUGUGUUAAAAGGUCUGUGAAGAGUGAGGGAGGCAUGAUUCAUAAAGAAGAUAGAAAAGAGCAAAGGAAACUAAUUUCGAAAAAGGAUAGCAAAGCUCCCAAGCUGCUGAAGAAAAUCCAAGCAGAGUUGUUCCCUGACUGCUCUGGAAAUAUUAAGCUAUGCUGUCAAUUUGGUAACAUUCAUGGUGACUCCACCAUUACAUGGACUAAAGAUUCCAAGUUACUAGCUCGACUGCAGAGAAGUGCCCAGGAUGACUCUCCUGUCUCUUUGGCAAUAGCUAAAGCCAGUAACAAAGACCAUGGAAUGUAUUAUUGCUGCUUGAAUAAUGUGUAUGGAAAGGUGACUGCUGAGUUUAAUCUGACUUCUGAAGUAUUGGAACACCUCUCAAGUUUUCAGAACUGUGAAGGUGUGGAAGAAAUUGAAUUCAUGCAGCUCAUGUUCAGAGAAGAUUUCAUCAGUGACAGCUAUUUUGGUGGGAACCUGCAUGGAAUAAUCGCCACAGAAGAGCUUCACUUUGGUGAAGGCAUGCACCGGAAAGCCUUCCGAAGUAAAGUGAUGCAAGGCCUUGUGCCAGUGUUCAGUCCUGGCCACCCCUGCGUUCUCAAAGUGCACAAUGCUAUCACAUAUGGGACCAAGAGCAAGGAUGAUCUAGUUCAAAAGAACUACAAACUAGCACUGCAGGAAUGCUAUGUCCAGAAUACUGCAAGGGAGUAUGCGAAGAUAUAUGCAGCUGAAGCUGAACCCUUGGAAGGCUUUGGGGAAGUACCAGAAAUCAUUCCUGUUUUUCUUGUUCAUCGCCCUGCUAAUAAUAUCCCCUAUGCGACAGUGGAGGAGGAGCUGGUUGGGGAAUUUGUUAAAUACUCCGUCAGGGAUGGCAAGGAAGUAAAUUUCCUGAGAAGAGACUCAGAGGCUGGACAGAAGUGUUGCACUUUCCAGCACUGGGUGUAUGAGAAGACCAGUGGGAGCUUGCUUGUCACUGACCUGCAAGGUGUCGGAAUGAAGUUAACCGACGUUGGCAUAGCAACAUUGGCCAAAGGAUACAAAGGUUUUAAAGGCAACUGCUCAAUUUCCUUCAUUGAGCAGUUCAGAGCCCUCCACCAGUGCAAUAAGUACUGUGAGAUGCUGGGGCUGAAAGCUCUCCGAACCACUCAUCAAAAACAGAGGAAAGCAACAUCUGUGAAAAGCAAAAGUCUACCAAACUCAUCGGCUAUAAAUAAAACACUGCCCAAGAAAGCAAGAGAACCUAGAGACUUCAUUUCUUCAGAGCGCUGAGUUGCACUGUCCCAUCUUGUGAAAACUCCUCUUGUGGAUAUGUAGUACUGAUAGGCACCAAUGACCUGGUGGGGGCAUAACUUUAUAAGGUUAUGCAUAACCUUACGACAUUAUUUUGGAGUCAUCCUGAUGCUGAUGCCAGCAACAAAGAAAGGAGCUGAUUCUAUGGUCUCGGUACCCAAGAUAUAACACCAAGGCAAGGUUUUGAAGACAAACUAAACCAUCUGCCUGGAUUAUUUUACAACCCUUCUACGAAUUGGUAUCUGCACAUUUUGGGUCUUGGACACUGAGUGCACCACAGGUCACUGGAGAAUAUCUUCCCUUCUAUGUGUCUGUGCCUGUGACCCUGUGGGUUCAGCUGCUACAUAAACGUCAAUAUAUUUAAGAUGCCACUUAGUACAAGUUUUGCACAGUAUUGAUGCUCAGGCUGCUAUAAAAAAAUUGUUUCCUCUCCCAGAUUUUUGCAUAUAGUAAUCCUACUAUAAUCCUAUUCUUGUAGUUUUUUCUCCCACUUACAUGUCUUUUCAUGUAAGACAAAGCCAUUCAUGGUCGGACAUAUCUGUCUUCUGCCCCCUACAAAAUUAGCUAGCAUCUUUAAGGUCCUCACAAAGUGAUGUCAUCAGCUAAAAGAUGAGAAACUUGUGUGAUUCUCCAUAGAAUUCCUUGCUUUCCAUGCAAGCUUCCUGGAAUCUACAGUGAACCCCAUGGCACAGUACUGUUGUGCUUGCACUGACCCUAUUGUAGGGUAGAGGUUUGGAGUCUGCAUGUUGCCAAACAGCCAUGAUCUGAAAUAAACGGUUACAUGUGGAGGGUAUUUCAGUACCUUGCAGCAUUUUCAACUAGAAAAAGUACAAGGACUUUUCUGCGUAGCAUAAAGUUGUUCUUUGAAGGAACAUGACAGGUGCCCUGGGCCAGUACCUGUCUGCUAAAGAGUCAUGAUUUAUCCAAAAUGCCUAGGUAGAGCCAGAACUGAAAAAAGAUACUGUGCUCCAUUAAACUUAAACUUAAGUGUAGCUUAUGUGGGGAUUUGCAGCCAGAGGAGGGAACUAUGCAUGCCAGAGGACUGCAACAAGUUUACGGGAGGUGGUAGUUGAAAACCCAACCUGCAGUGCCUAGCACAGAAUACAAACACUGAAUGUCAGAUCUCUUAUCCCUGUGUGAUUACUAAAUAACAGGUGGUGCCAGAAACCAAUACCUGUGUGUAAGAGUCCCAUCAGUGCUGAGGAAGAUAAAAGCGAUUUUAGACUAGGUUCUGCUUUGUACUGAUAAGCAGCAGGUGCCAAAUAAGAGAUAAACAGUUGAGGACAAGCUGACACUAGAGACAGAAACUCAUCUGACUGCAAUGUAGACAUAACAUCUAGGCUAGUCAUCCUGGGCUCCCUUUACAGUUAAUGGAGGUCUUCUCAAUGGAAUUUAGAGCAAAGUGCAGGUCAUCUGAAAAACAAACAUUUGAAAUAGGUUAGAUUUACUGUGCUAAAAUAGUGCCUGUGUCUCUCCACUGAGGGAGAAGGAAGCGAACUGUCAGACAGGCAUCUGCAUUUUAAAUUCCUACUGUUAGAUGGGAUGAAGUUCUCCAGAGGUGUUCUGAAGCAUUUGAGUUUUUAAUAGUUUCCUGCUAAUUUAGGUGGAGGAGACCAACUGUGAAAUGGUAUUGCAGAAAUUAGGAUGGUAUUUCAGUCCACAUAAAAUUAAAUGUAUGAAAGGCUAUUUGAAAGAUGAGUUUUUAAAUAGAAGAUGCUGAAGACAGGUGAAAACUUUGAGUGUGUCUGAAAGCUGGGUCAAAACAUUGAGAAUGAAACCUUGACAAAACAAUUACAAUGUAUUGAGGCUGAGAAGCCAUUUAUUUCAAGGUAAAAGUGAAUGACGAUGCUGUGCUACUGCAGAGAACGUGAAGUGUCACAAGAGAAGGGAGGUAGAAAAGUAAACAGAGCAGAGGUUUUGAAGGAAUUAUCAAACACAGCAGGCAGAGGGAGUUGUGGCACAGAUGAGGCAGAUGGUCUUACUGACACUUGCUCAGUACUCUUGUCUGUCUGUCAUGUAGGAGCUGAACAGAGGUUCCCUAGCUUUCUAAAGUAGGUGGUUUCUGGUUGUUCAAGAAACACCAAGUAUGAUAGAGGCAUGUAGCAUCUUUGGGAAGGAAAUUUGCUCCUGUUUCCCAUUUUAAGUGUUCAGCUUCCUGAUAUUUCUGAUCUCUAAGAGACAGAGUUUGGGAAACUAACACUCUCCCACCCCCACAACUUCAGAGAAUUAGUUUCGUUGAUAUUUCCUGGUUGUGUAAAAACAUCACCUUAUUGCAUUUACCUGGUGUGUUCAAUACUGAUGAUGGCACAGAGACAAUGAGUAUUAUCCUUGUCUGGAAAGGUGGAGGUCUCAAUCCUGCAAGUGUCUAAGCUUAGAUGGAUUCUCAGAGCACACAUCCGUGACCAUAGUUCUAUCCCUGCAGUUGUUUGCUGACUGAGUCAUAACUUUCUUCCUUGUCCAUUAGUCAACAACUUGGAGAAGGUGUUGUUUACACCUGUUGGCAAAAAUAAGCACAGCAGAAACCAUAGAUCUGAACAAGGAUGUUUGUGCUCCACAUGUCCAUGAUAUGGAACAUGAUACAAUGGAAGGCUCUGUGCUCUGUGUUGCCUUCUAAGGAAAGAUGAUGACAUUCUUGCCCCUGGCAGUGAGUAUGAGUGAACCUUUUAGAAUGUUUUCUUCUGUGGGGAACUGUCCUCCAAGCCCACUGAUGGAGCAUUAAGGACUCAGGCCACAUUCUGGUUAUAUUUCUCUUUUGAUGGAUUUGAUGUUUUAAAUUUAUCUUUCUGUCAUGGUUUUAGCUGGGAUAGAGUUACUAUAGAUAUAGAUAUAGAUAUAGAUAUAGCACUAUACCAGCUAGAAUGAAGAAAAUUAACCUUAUCCCAGCUAAAACCAUGACACUUUCAACUAGACUUGACAGCUGUACUCAAAAGCUAAUUUUCAUUUUCUUACUGUUGAUCUCACAGAGUAAAUGUGUACAUGGAGCAUUAUAUAAUAACAAGCCGUCAUAUUUGGAUUAAAUAGACAUACACCCAGCUAAAAUAGAUGCUUUUCCACUGCUCAGGAGUUUAUUGAACACGUUUUGUUUGUUAAUAGACAUACUACAUUGCUGAUGUAUUACAACAUUCUGUGAGUCACAGUUCCUGAAUUUCUGUCAGGGGAAAGUCUAACUGAUGAUAAUAGGAAAACCUGCAGUACACUGGUUUAAAGCAGUCAUUUUUCUGUAACAGAACAAAAGCUUCAGUUAAAAUAAUGUCACAUGAUCCAGUUAAAAUUCUGUCAUUGCCCCUGAGUUCAGCUACAUGUGCAAUUACAUUGAAAUAAUUAUGCAUUAAUAGCUACCUAAAAUAGAAAAUGCUUGACUGAUCACCUCAGGUUAAAGACAUCUUGACAAGUUUUAGAACCUUGCUCUGUCAUGGUACUCAAAUGAUUGCUCUUUGGCAUAUCUAAGGGAAGUAGAGAAUUGAGUCUUUGCCUUUUAUUUGUUUCCUUGUUGCCCCACCCUCUUUCACACCUGCUGAGCUGUCUGUUCUGCCUUCCUUUCUGUCUUGUUUGGCAGGUAGGAACACUGUGGUGGGAAUACCUUGUCCGUGCAGGCCCCUCUCAAAAACAUCCUCGAUUCUUUACUGACAUUUCUGGGUCACGGUAUAAAGAGUUUAAAAUAUAGAUAGUCUGACAGUGAUGGAGAGAGAGCUCCAGUGUGCGCUUCAAAGACUGACGGGAAGUUAUGAUUAACAGACUGUCUGCCCAUGUCUCAAAUUUCAUGUCAGAUUUAAAAAAAAAAAGACUGUGCUAAUAAUUGCUGUUCUUUGUAGACCGAUAACUCACCACUCUACCCACCUUAGUCUUGCUGUUACAGAAAAUACAUGUGUACCCUGUAUCAGGAAGUAUUUCCUGGCUAUCUGAAAAAGAAUGAAAGCUGAGUACAUGUAAACUGAACUUCAUACAUAGGUCUAGACCAUGAAAUCAGACUGGGAAAAGGAAGUUUUGUCCUAUUUAUGUUGGCUGACUUCAUUGGUAGAACAAAGAUUCACCUAGUAGAACUGUGGUUUUACCCUGGUGUACCUGUGUUACCAGCAAGCAUCAGGUGGAUGUCUGCCAAAUUGUAAGGAGUGAAAUAAUAAUUAUCAGUAGAGUAAACAGUAUUCUUGUUGGGCUCUAGAUUUAAUGGCCCACUGAGAUGAGUGGGAGAAACAGCUACCUGUUUUACAGACUGUUUUAAUCUGAGCCAAAGUUUGCUUUUUGCCUUAAUUUACAUAAGGCAACCAAAGCAUGGGUUUUGUGAGCAAGUCAAAUAAAUACGUACUCUAAUCCCAGCAGAGACAUCAGCAAAGCAGAAACUGGAAUCCAUUUGUUAAAGGAUCACUUAGAGGCUAAUUCUUCCUGCUAGCAGUUGCAUUAUUAUAUUAAUAAAUAUUCUUAAGCACACACAGAAUGAAUGAAUUGCACUGCAUCCUGAUAGCAAUUUUAAAAUGUUAUGCUUUUCACAGGACACCACUGUAGUUUAGGCUGAAGCAUUAAUGCUUUGUGAUUUUAAUUCUAUUACACUGACUAACAAUGAUAAAACACUCAAGAAUGGAGUCAAUAAAGCUUCUACUGGAUGUUUCUUGUUGUUCAAAAGUAAUUAAUCACAUGAAUGGCCUACAGGCAUUGAGUUUUUAGAUGUAUGUGUCCCUGUAGAUAAACUGAUAAUUCUACCUGCUCUUUUGCAGUUUUUAAGUGCUUUAAAAAACAUGUGAGCUCCAGUGGUAAUGUUCUUCAAAAACAUCUAAGGGAUUUCAGUGUACAGGUUCCUGUCCACAAAAUACUGGGCACAUAACUCUUAAGUUGGUCUUUUUUCCAAAAAGUGUCUGUGUCCCUGAGAACUUUAUUGCUCAGUGGAACUGGCCUCCUCAGUCCCUUUCAAAAUAGAACCUUGAGUACGUUUGAAAAUGCCACCUGAAUGUUCAGAAGAGUUCAGUGGUAGCAAUGAAUGAAUCAGAGCACAUCAGCCCUCCACAGAUUCAGGAAGACAGCUUGCACUUCUGAAGGCCAGUGCACAGUUGCUGGGAAUCAGCUGCGGACUCUCAUUCCAGCUUUAGAUCUUAAAUAACAAUCUCACCCACAAAGAGAAAGUCAGCGGGUGUAGAAAACAGUCAGCCUGGCCCUGAAAUCUGGGGAGAUAUAUCUGGAGUGCAGAAUUAUUUUCUCUGAAACUGAAAAAUUGCUUGGCCCCAGAGGAUGCAACUUCAGAAGGCAGCUGAUGUAGUUUGAAUGCCUUGAGUAUUUAUCCACUUCAGGGAGAUGUAAGAUGGAGGACCCCGUUAGAAAACAGGCAGUAUGUUUCCCAAUCCAUUCCCUAUACCACACAGCAAGAGAAAUUUGUAUCCAGUUCUUAUUGGAGGAACUUCUCAGUAAAACUCCCGCAGCUUAACCUCACAUAACCUAACAGUGAACAGCAGGGAUGCAGCCCCAUUACACCUUAAUUUCUUUUUUUUCUCUUCAGGAAACUUCAGUCUAUCUAAUACUUGUGUGGGUGUUGUAAAGAUCAUGUUGCUCUACAAGCCGCAGUGAAUAACUUUUUGAGUUUUAAGAGAAUACCGGUAAGAAAGUAAUAGGGAGAGAGAAUUAAUCUACGCUGCUGUCCUGCCACAGAGUACCAGGGGAAGGUUCGGAACUGUUUGCCCUCCUGGAUGUUUCACUGAAUAUUUUACAUGGGUUUCCUUCAAUAACAUUACAAGUAGAAUCCGGGGGGCUUGUACUGCCAUUCCACCAGUGGAGUACCAGCAGUGGUGGUUCAUGUUUCGCACCUCUAACAGAAUGAAUGACAUGGAAUAAUCUGUGAUGACAUUGCGAAUUGUAGGGCAAGUCCAAAAUAACAGACCUAAUCUCCGGCUUUUUCUGUUGAUAUGAUAGGGAUAUUGUGCUUAGGCAAGCAGCACAUGAGGCUUACUGAGUGGGAGGAGAGAAACAUCAUAAGAUGUUCUUCAAAUACGAAAAAUCGCAGGGCAAGUAAUCAGGAGAAGGGCAAGUGGGACUGGUACAGGCUCCCUAGAAAGCACUGUGGGUGUGGUAAGGGAGGGAAGGCUCAUCAUUUCUCUCUCAAUCAAAGUUUGAGAAGAAAAGCAGCUGCUGCUAAACCAUUACACAAAGGGCCUUGCAGACAAGGUCACUUCUGCUUUCCUCCUGCAAAGCCAGAGAAAAGAGAAAGGAGUUUAGGCUGUCUUGCCCAGCCCAGCCCCCAACUUACCUGCACAAAGAUUCCCUCAGCUAGAAGCUCGUUCUCACCAAAGACCUUUUGAAGAAUAAGCCGUAAUUAUCUGCAGCUUUGCUGACAUCACUGUGAGUCUGCCAUAAAAUAUUGUGGGUGUAUUGUGAGUAUUGUGAAGUUACUGUGAUUUACUGAGUCUUGGACAGCAGGAGAAUACUGGCUUUGGGAGCCUUUCUGUUGCUGGAUUCUGGCUGUGUUUAUGGAUGACUGAGGUUGAUUCUUUUGCAGCGGUGGCAGGACAAUGUCCCUUGUUAGUGUUAACUCCUAGUGGUCUUAUAGAUGCCCAGUCUGAGCCAGAUGUUUUGGAUCUGGCCCACUACAUCAGUCAUUCCAAUUCAUCACCUGCUCCUUUCAGACAAAAUAUAGGUCCUAGCCUUAUGCUAUGGGGCAGCCCAGCCCUCGCCUUUCUCUUUCUACCCUUUUCACAAAGGACCUGCAGCAUUUUUCUUUUUAUACAACUAAAAGCUCACUUAUGCCAUAAGCCAUGCUCAUGUUGCCCCAAACACACAGUAGAUAUGCAUUUGCUCUUGUGACACAUGGGAUCAGGUGAUGAGAGCUGCUUGUUUGCUGUGGCUAGAUUUGAGCCAUGUACAUGGCAGCUGCAGUUUGGUGAUGUGACAGGUCCAUAUCAAGUGACAUAACAGGGACGGACUCAUCAUCAGGACCCAGCAGAAAGCCUUCGUGACACACACCGAAAGGCUGGUACUGCUGCUACAGAAAUGUGUUUGAAUGAGCUUCCUGUGUAUUGUGGGAAACAUGAGAAAGGAGGAAUAACAUCAGGGUAUUUCUGUCCAUCCAUUCAUGCUUUAUCUGGUAGUCAAGAUUAACAUUUAUUGUUCCUGAAAGCGAAACCAGACCAGGGAAGAGGGGGCCAACGGGUGCAAUAUAUAGCAGAAGGAUGAUGUCAGGGAAGAGGGACAGCAGUGGAGAAGCAUCUGGCACAAGUCUCUCAAAAGACACUUUAUGUCCGUUGGAAUUAUGUUAAAGGGAUUGGGAGCGCAGGUGGUGUUCUCCUCUAUCCUCCCGGUGGGAGAAGGGUGUUCAAGAAGAAGGAGACGAAUUGAGCAGGUGAAUGACUGGCUGCAUCGCUGGCACCAUGCUCAAGGUCUUGGCUUCCCAUGCCACUUUGUCUCUGUGCUCACAUGUCCCCUGUUGCACUCCCACCUCUCCUCCACCUCCUGGGUCACUUGCGUGCUUUACAAUGGGAAUCUG